CGACUAAAAACAAAAGAGUAGCUGCAUGAGAGGGUCUAUAGAGUACCCACCACUCCACCUUCCUCUUCCCUAACUUAAACAACUUUUUGGCUCAAUAUCCUUCAUUUGAUGUCUUCUUCAUCUAUUCCCUACAAUAUUAUUCUCUUGUAGCUUUUUUCUUUUAGUCAAAUUCUUGGUGAAUAGGAUAAUCACAACUUUGUUUAUCCCUUGAUUCUUCGUUUUCAAGAAUAUUUGUGAGGUGAAAUGGAACAACCAAGAUAUUGGAUGAGCACAAAGAGAAAACAUGACAUGACAUUAUCAAAUAAUCCUUCAUCAUAUGGCGAUUCGUGGGAGGAGCAAGCUUUUGCUGAAGAUGCAUCUGGAGCACUUGGAGGGUGCAUAUGGCCACCAAGAUCUUAUACUUGUAGCUUUUGUAGAAGAGAAUUUAGGUCAGCUCAAGCUCUUGGUGGCCAUAUGAAUGUUCAUAGAAGGGAUAGAGCAAGAAUGAAACAAUCUCCUCCAUCUAAUAGUCCAAGUGGUCAUGAUCAUCAAGUAUUUGUUCCUCCUCCUCUUCCUCCUAAUCAUCAUCACAAUAGACAUGUUCAAUACCCUUCUCAAAUUCGUACCUUUAUGUAUAACCCUAAUUCUGACUCUGCCUCUGGGGUUCCAAUUAGGGUUUCUUCUCAAAAGACCUUAGCAACUCAUCAUCAUUCUUCCUUUUCAUCAAUUGUCCAAGAAGAGAAAAAGAAUAACUUGUCUUCAUCAUGGUCAAACUUGGUGGCUGACAAAUAUUCUUGUCUCUCUAGUGUGAAAAAUGAUGAGGAGAAGAAGUUGAAAUCUAUAGAUUUCAAGAAAGAUCAAGAGAGGAAUCUUGAAGUCAUGAUAGACUCAAGCUUUAGGACAAAACAUGACCAUAUUGUUGAAACUAAUCGCAAAAGGAGGAAAGUUGAUCAAGAAGAUAACAUUUCAUUUGCAAAUCUCUUCCCUAGAACAAGUUCAUCAAUCGAAAGGUGUCGUCCCCAAUCAGAAGCACUUGAAAGGAUCCCUAGUGCAAUAGAAGAAUUGGAUCUUGAGUUGAAGCUUUGAAAAAUCCAAAGGUAAAGUGAAUUUGGCCAAACAAAAAAAAUACAACUCUUAUGAUUGCAACAACAACAACAAUUUGUGGUAUCUUGUUCAUUUCUUUCUGUAUGUUUCACUCUUCCUCUCUUCUUUCUAUCUUUUACUUGUUUUCUGAUAAUUUUAAGCUAAACUUGAAGAGUGUAAGAAUGACUUAAAGAUAUUAUGAAAGGCUUCAAACAUUU